GAUCAUUCUAAUUGUAUUGUAGCUAGAAGUUAGAGGUUUAUAUGAUUAAAAUAAAUAGGAAAAGGAUGCAUAAUUUAUUGACUUUACUCUAUAUACACAUAUAGAAGACAUAUUAAACGUUAAUUAACAACAAAACAGCAAAAGAAAUGAUAAAAAUCAUCAUGACAAAUGUAUAUUCAUGUGGAAGAUGGAUUGUGAUGGUGCUGGGUAAAGCGUAGCUAUCGCGUGCCAAGAAUAGUGGCCUAGGUCCACUUCUCCACAGAUCCAAAUGGUUCUUCUUUUUCUUUUACAUAUCUAUGCUUUCAAUCUACCAGAAAAAGUAAGUAGAGAUAAUAAAACAAAAGCCUGCCAUAUCUUACAACCUCUCUCAGCUUUUAUCAUGUGUGUUCUUACUAAAAAAGGAAGUUCACGAAAACAUUUUUAUUAUUGAGAUGUUUACCUGCCAAAGCAAUAUAAAAAUUAAACAAGUUUUUAUUUAUUUUGUUAAACCUAAACAUUUUAAUUUACAAAACGGACAGAUUUGAAAUAUGGAAGCUUGGUUGACCAUUAAAAGUAUACACAUUAAAGCAUUUUUUAAGAAAUAUGAAAUUCAGGCAAACAAACCUCAGAAAAUAAUAAAAUUUUCUUUGAAGCAAAUAAGUAAUUAUAGUGACCAUGCUCACCUAAUGCAGUAGUAGAUAAAUGUCACGGUACUGAAUGAAAAGGAAAAGGAAACACCAUGUCUAGUAAACUAGGACUCAUACUUCUCAUGAUCUUUGUUAUUGUUAAAAAAGACUUUCGGUGUAUAUUUUUACCUUUUUUAUGGCUUAUGUCUCUGGUUCCAUAUGUUAUGUGUAUAAUAUAUAGAUGUAAUUAUGUAUCAGAGACCAUACAUAGGUUAAGUGAAAAAAAAAUAAAGAAUAAAGGUCCAACUCAUUUUGACUUUUUCAACAGAAGCCUCUCUUUUGUCUUCUUUAAAUAUUCAAAUUUGUCGCCCACUCUUUUCGUUAUGUUUUUAAUUCAAAACCUUACCUCUCUUUGUCUCUUGUCGGAAAACUCAGAAGCUUCGAAAAUGAGGACAUGUACGGAAGAGGAGAAAGUCCUUUUGAUCUCUCAUCACAAUCAACAUCAAGAAGACGAAGAAGCGUUGUCUCUGUGUGAUUUGCCGGUGAAUUUAUCUAACGAGAAAGUUGAGCUUCCGAAACUAUCAAAGGCAGAAGAGGAUUUCGAAUUCGAAACCGGGUCAUCGUUUCGUCUCGGGUCGGAUUCGUGUGAACCGGCUCUGGAGAUGAGUACGGCUGACGAAUUAUUCUCCGAAGGCCUAAUCCUCCCGUUUCGUCACUCCGUCAGCUUAGACGCGGGCCUUCCCGGUUCGAACCGGUUGAUAUCCAGAACCAAAUCUGUCGAUUUCCGAAGAACCGGAGCCGGUUCGGACCGGAAAAUCAAAAAUAAUUUCAUCGAUUACAGUCAACCGAGUCCACAGCCACAGAUCAGAAGAUCGUCAAGCAUGACGGCGAGAGUGAGUUCAAUCAGAAACCACAAAUCAUCUUCGAUUUGGGAUUUUCUCCGGCUUGGACUCGUCCGUACGCCGGAGAUCGAACUUCGAACGGCGAAAGUAUCAGUGAGUCGAAACAGUAGCUGCAGUAGUACAAGCACGAGCUCGAAUUCGAAGAAAACAGAAUCGAGAUCGAGUAACCGGAGAAGAAGCUUUCUGUUCGGGGAUUGUAGGUGCUCGGCGGCGACGGAGACGAUCGUACCUGUGAAGAUCAAUGUCUCCGGCGAGACGGAGAAGAAGAAGACGGCGAAGAAAGAGGAGAAAACGGCGGUUGCGCGCAAGAGAACGUUUGAGUGGUUAAAAGAGUUAUCACAGGUAGGGUUUGUUGUUGAUCAUGGAAGACAAAGCUUGGCUUGAUGAUCACGCAAUCAAAGAAACUUCCUGUUUCUCUGUUUCACUUUCUUGUCUUUUUUUUCCUUAAAUAUUUUAAUGUUUUUUUUUGGACGACUUAUGUUUUUUCUCUAUUUAAUCAAUUUGUAGGUGAUUAAUUUUUGUAUGUUAGUGUUGAUUGCCAAUUAUACUUUAGUUUUCCAAAUGAUUUAUGUUUUUCUUUAAAAAAUCAUUAUAUGUAACUAAUAGUAAACAUGUUUUCCGCAAUGUCAUACUUUAUCUAAUAUUUUAGAUCA